AUGUCUCAAUCAGCAGCAGGAGACAACGAUGUUGUUUUUAAGCUCUACCGAUAUGAUCCUUCAAUGGCAGCAGCUGUCAUCUUCAUCAUUCUCUUUCUAUCCGUCACUGGAUUACAUACAUAUCAAUUGAUCAGGACGAAGACGUGGUUCUUUUCUUGCUUCGUCAUUGGUGGUUUCAUGCAGGUUAUUGGUUACAUCGGUAGAGCUGUGUCUGCCAGCGAGAGCCCCAACUGGACUGUCAAGCCAUACGUGGUCCAGACUUUGCUGUUGCUCAUCUCACCGGCCUUGUUCGCGGCAAGCAUUUAUAUGAUCCUCGGACGUAUCAUCAUUAUUACCGACGGCGAGCGGCACUCACCUAUCAAGAGGGUCUGGUUGACAAAGAUCUUUGUCGUUGGAGAUGUCCUCUCCUUCAUUCUUCAAGGUGCAGGUGGUGGCAUGAUGGCAGGUGGCUCCCUCGAUGCUCUCCACAAUGGUGAGCGCAUCGUCAUCAUAGGUCUCAUUGUUCAAAUCGUCUUCUUCUCGCUCUUCGCCGUGACUGCGGCCAUGUUUCACAUGAGUCUCGUGAGGUCUAUGUCCGCAAAGGCCGCUGUGUCAGGCAUUCCAUGGCAAAGAUACCUGUAUACUCUGUACAUCGCCUCUGGUCUGAUUCUUGUACGCUCGGCCUUUCGCUUGAUCGAGUACGCACAAGGGAAUGCGGGUUAUCUUAUCUCCCAUGAGGCUUACCUGUACAUCUUUGACAGCGUUUUGAUGUUCCUCGCUAUGGUACUGUUCGCCUUGGAGCACCCCAGUCAGCUGAAUGCUAAGCUGAACGGAGGAGGAACUGCUGUUAGAUGGGGAAUUCGAUUGUAUUGGGAGAAGUAG